GUCAACUACACAACAUAUGACAGUGACAUCAUUCAAAAUUCCCGUUCAUACAAUGGAUUCAUUACAUUCCAUCGACUUCAAUUUCUACAGGAAAUGCGCCAAACCCUUGGUGCUAGCACUACCAUCCUUCCACGGUACGCCCCCUUCACUCCCAACCCUCUCAUACCCCCACCCCCUCUAGACAGAACCCUCGCCUGCGCCUGGAUCAAGCGCCUCUGCGACGACGCUUCCCUCACCGAAGUCCUCAAAAGCAACUACCUCAAACUCCUCAUCUACUUCCUCCAGAUGCGCAAGCUCGACGGACCCUUCUCGAAGCACCCCAGCGAAUUCCCGACCCUGUCGGACUUCCCCAAAAACCAAAACCUGUAUCAAGCGAUCAAGGAGUUGAGGAAAGGGGCGCAACCGUACAGCGCCGACUUUUCCGGAGACCUAAGUACGUACGUUGCCUGUCAAGAAAUAGAAAAUUUCGGCGUUCAUUGCUAUUACGCGCUUUCGAACGACCCUCUGACGGGGUGGUCGCGUUUUGACGAGAGUCUUUUGUCGACAGGGAAACGCCGCCUGCCGAAGAGCAAAGAGGCAGGCUCGAGCACGGAAGAGAAAGAAAAGGAGGCGAAGACGAGCAAAGAGGAGUCAAGGAAGGUGCAGUUUGCUUUUUCGCCGGUCGGAAGGAGGAAGAAGGGGGGCGAUGAGAGGACGUCGCCCAGUUGGGGGUCGAAUUUGGUCGAAGCGGCAAGGACCGAUAAAGCAACUACUAGUAAAUAAUAAAAGAUGAGCAAGUGA